GCAUCUGCUAGUAAUAUAUGUGCAUUUAAAAGUACCAGACGUGAAGGAAGGAAGGACCUUUGCUUUUGGCUUUUUGGUCUGAAAAUCGUACGAAAGUGGUCGUCUUUCUCUAGAUAUUCCUGGUGGUUUCAGGGCAAGGAAAAUGGAGGGGUUGAAUCAGACGCAUCCUCAUCCAUACGUUCCUGUGGAUUUGGAUCUACCAGGUUUCGUACCAGGUUUCCUUCCACAGUCAACCAUUCUCGGCGUUUUUGUCCUCGCUUCCCUCCUCGUCGUCUCCCUCGUCUGGUUCCUCUCUGGUCGGUUGCCAAAAUUGCAAAAGAUUGAUAGAUUGCUGAUGUGCUGGUGGCUUUUCACGAGCCUGACCCACAUGGUCCUUGAGGGUUAUUUUGUUUUCUCUCCGGAAUUUUACAAGGAAAAGACUCCCAACUACCUCGCAGAAGUUUGGAAAGAAUAUAGCAAAGGUGAUUCAAGAUAUGCGGCAAGGGAAUCUGGAGUUGUUGCGAUUGAAGGAAUAACUGCUGUUCUAGAGGGUCCAGCUUCACUUCUGGCAGUAUAUGCUAUUGCCACAAAACAGCCAUACAGCUACAUUCUUCAAGUCGUCAUUUCUCUGGGGCAGCUUUAUGGAACUGCUGUGUAUUUCAUAACUUCUCUUCUUGAUGGAGAUCACUUUGCUGCAAGCAUGGAUUACUAUUAUGCCUAUUACAUCUUUGCAAACGGCUGGUGGGUUGUAAUACCAACACUGAUAGUUAUAAGGUGCUGGAGGAAGAUAUGUGCAGCGUUCCCGAUCCAAGAAAAGAGGAAGACCAAAACUCGCUGAGGAAUCCGAAAAGCCCUUCGAAUAUGCUAAUUUCAUUUUCUUAUUUCAUAAGAAAAACAAAUUGGGAAGAUUUGGACGAACUCAGUUGCUUAUCUAGUGUUGCUACAUUAAGUUGUGGACUUCGUGUGAUUUUUCCUGGUGUUACAAUCCAGUGACAUCAACUUUUGUUUGCAAGAACCUUUUUUCUCAGUUGAUAUUUAUGUGUGAAAUUGGUACGUGAUUAAUUCACCUAUGCUGUUAAAUAACAAAUCUCUGAUCUGCUACAA